AUGGAAAAUAAUAAUAAUAAUAAUAGUGGCUCUAAAAAUAGUGAUGGUUCUUCUUUUUCCACUAUAAAUAACAAUAAUAAUAAUAAUAAUAAUAAUAAUAGUAAUACUACUAAUAGUAAUAAUAAUAAUAAUUCUAAUAAUAAUCAUCCCAAUUAUUAUAAUGGCCCUCCAAAUUAUGGCAGCACAAAUAACAGUUUUGAUGAUUACGAUAAAAUAUCUCAGUCAAAUCACUUAAACAACAACAAUAAUAAUAUACAUUCCAAUAAUAAUAAUAAUAAUAACAAUAGCAAUAGUAAUAGUAAUAAUAAUAACAAUAGUAAUAAUAAUGGUAAUAAUAAUAAUGGUAAUAAUAAUAAUGGUAAUAAUAAUAAUGGCAAUAAUAAUAAUAAUGGCAAUAAUAAUAAUGGCAAUAAUAAUAAUAAUGGAAAUAAUAAUGGUAAUAAUAAUAAUGGCCAUGUAAAUAAUAAUAAUAAUAAUAAUAAUAAUAAUAAUAAUAAUAAUAAUAAUAAUAAUAAUAAUAAUAAUAAUAAUAAUAAUAAUAACAAUAACAAUAAUAAUAUUAAUAAUAAUAAUAAUAAUAAUAAUAAUAAUAAUAAUAAUAAUAAUAAUAAUAAAAAUCCAAGUUUUUUUAAUCCAAAUGAUAUUGGUUUAUCCAAUUCAAAUAUAUCACCACCGAUACCAUCAAAUAUGAAUGAUCAUUUAAAUAAUGGCUCAAAUGUACAGCAAUCUUUAACCGAGCAAUUAAUUCAACCACCAUUAAAUACACUUUCAUCUGCUACCUCUUCUCCAAAACUUUAUAAUCAUUUCCCUCAUUCUUUACCACCAAAUCAACAACAACAGCAACAGCAACAAACACCACCAACACCUCAACAACAACAGUCAUUACUAUCACCACCACCACUGCCACCACCACCACCAUCAUCAUCCAAUUCUCAUCCAACACCAAAUUCAUUAACAAGUUCAAAUACCACCACCACUACUACUGCAAUAGCAAAUGGUAACAAAAUGUCAGUUGCAGAAUUUACUUCAAAUCAAAAUUUAACAAUUCAAUUACAUUUAUAUCAUCAACAAUUGGAACAACAACAUCAAAGAAUGGCAUUUCUGGAACAACUAAUUCAACAACAACAAAUUGCAUUAAAUAUAAUAUGUCCACACCUUUUUCAAGUUAAUAUGUAUCAAUUGAUUCAGAAUGAUUUACAAAAUCAUAUGACUUUACAACAACAUCAACAAUAUUCACAACAUCAACAACAUUUACAACAACAACAUAGUCAUAUGAAUUUACAACAACAACAACAACAUCCACAACAUCCACAACAUCAACAACAUCAACAACAUCAACAACAUCAUCAUCAACAGCAUCAACAACAGCCUCCACAUCCAAACUCACACCCACAACAUCCAAAUCAAAAUCCACACCAAAAUCCACAAAUCCAUCAUUCACCAGCAUAUCACCUACAACAACAGCAACAGCAACAACAACAGCAACAACAACAACAACACCAUCACCACCACCAACAACACCAAAAUACUCACCCUCAAAAUCCACAGCAUUCUCAACUUCAACAUCAAAAUAUUCCACAUCAACAACUACAACUACAACAACACCACCAACAACACCACCAACAACAACACCAACAACACCAACAACAACACCAACAACAACAACAACAACCAACACCACAUCAUAUAUUUUUACAAAUGCAACAAAUACAACAACAACAGCAACAACAAAAUCAUCAACAUCCAAAUCAAAUGGUACAUCAUCAGCAAAUGCCAAAUAAUAUGAAUUCAAUGUCAAUGAAUCAUCAAUCACCUCAAAACAUACAUGAUCAUCAACAACAACAAUUAAAAUUUGAUGACAAAGAAAGAAACCUUUUAUCAAAUUCAUCAUCAUCAAAGGUAAAUACUGAACAACUUGAAUCACCACCUUCAUCAUCAUCAUCAUCAACAACAACCACAACAACAACCACAACACCAUCAUCUCACAAAGUUAGAAAAACUAUAUCCAAACCUGAUUCAAAACCUAGUAGUGAAUUGGAUCAAGAAACUGGAAAGAAAAAAAAAUCCUCAAAAACUAAAAAAGUGACAAAAUAA